CGUACUGUUGCUGUUAAUUCUUUAGUCUGUGAUCCAAAAUGGCGCUGAAAGCACUUGUCGGGCAAAAAAUUAUGAAUGAAGUGAUCCGCUACCGCGGACCAAAGGGGAAGGAGUCCCAGCGCAUUGACUGGAGAAUCCUCAUUGUGGAUCAACUGUCAAUGCGCAUGGUCUCCGCCUGCUGCAAAAUGCAUGACAUCUCUGCGGAAGGCAUAACAUUGGUUGAAGACAUUCACAAGAAGAGAGAGCCGCUGUGUACCAUGGAUGGCAUCUACCUCAUUACUCCGCUGGAGAAUUCAGUCCGUGCCUUGAUCAAUGAUUUCUCAGUGGGCAACCGCAUCAUGUACAAAGCGGCUCAUGUAUUCUUCACUGAAGUGUGUCCCGAGGAAUUAUUCAAUGAACUCUGCAAGUCAUCGGCAGCGAGGAAAAUCAAAACGCUUAAGGAAAUCAACAUUGCAUUCUUACCUUACGAGAGUCAGGUGUUCUCGUUGGACUCGCCAAACACGUUCCAACACAUGUACAACCCGAACCACGCGGCGUCCCGCAACGCGAGCAUGGAGCGCAUCGCGGAGCAGAUUGCGACGCUCUGCGCCACGCUCGGAGAGUAUCCCUCCGUCAGAUACCGCAGUGACGGCGAGCGCAACGUCGAGCUUGCUCAACUCAUCCAGCAGAAACUUGAUGCAUACAAAGCUGACGAGCCGACCAUGGGCGAGGGGCCGGAGAAGGCUCGCUCGCAGCUGCUGGUGCUCGACCGCGGCUUCGACUGCGUGUCGCCGCUGCUGCACGAGCUCACGCUGCAGGCCAUGGCCUACGACCUGCUGCCCAUCGAGAACGAUGUCUACAAGUACGAAGCAUCCCAGGGGCAGAUGAAGGAGGUACUCCUGGACGAGAACGACGAGCUGUGGGUGGAGCUGCGCCACCAGCACAUCGCCGUCGUCUCCACCUCCGUCACCAAGAACCUCAAGAAGUUCACCGAGUCCAAGCGCAUGGGUGGAGGCGACAAGCAGUCCAUGCGAGAUCUGUCCCAGAUGAUAAAGAAGAUGCCCCAGUACCAGAAGGAAUUGUCAAAAUACGCGACCCAUCUCCGCCUCGCCGAAGACUGCAUGAAGGCCUACCAGGGCUACGUCGACAAGCUAUGCAAAGUGGAGCAGGAUCUGGCCAUGGGCACUGACGCGGAGGGCGAGAAGAUCAAAGACCACAUGAGGAGCAUCGUGCCAGUUCUGCUUGAUCAGUCGGUGGACAACAACAACAAAAUGCGCAUCAUCGCCCUGUACAUCAUGUCCAAGAACGGCAUCUCCGAGGAGAACCUCAACAAGCUGGUGUCGCACGCGCAGCUCGAGCAGUCCGACAAGCAGACGCUGCUCAACCUCGCCUACCUAGGGCUCAACGUCGUCGUCGAUGGCAACAGGAAAAAGCAAUACCAGGUGACGAGGAAAGAGAGGAUAACGGAACAAACAUACCAGAUGUCACGAUGGACGCCUGUCAUGAAAGACAUCAUCGAAGACGCCAUUGAAGACAAGCUCGACCAGCGCCACUUCCCGUACCUGGCGGGCCGCGCUCAGACCUCGGGAUACCAGGCGCCCACCAGUGUUCGCUACGGUCACUGGCAUAAGGACAAGGCGCAGCAAACUGUCAAGAACGUUCCUCGUCUCAUUGUCUUCGUCGUUGGAGGCGUUUGCUUCUCCGAGAUCCGCUGCGCGUACGAGGUGACCGCCGCUCUCAAGAACUGGGAGGUUAUCAUCGGCUCCUCCCACAUCCUCACUCCAGACAACUUCUUGUCCGACCUCAACUCUCUCACCGCCUAACUUUAACUCAAUGUGACAUCACCAAACGUCAACUCACAGCUACAAGUCUAACUUGCCCGUCUACCCUUGUCUCGGCAAUGAAGCGUCGGCGGACGGGCUCUUCAGACAUUUUGGAUCACGGAGAUGCAGUCUUUUGACACGUUUAUUAAACAUUUAUUGAUAUAUUACCGUAUUGCGCGUUCGCUUAACAUAUAGUGAAAUAUUCAGCAAUAAAGUAACUAAAAGAAUUAAACAAACUGCAAUCAAGCGAAAAGUCGAGAAACUAAGACAGAAACGAAAUAUUGUGCUAAUGAUAAUUACGGGCAUCAGUUUUAUAUAAAUGAACUGGUGCUGUCACUUUGUGUCUCCGGCUUCGUUUCUGUCAUAGACGUCAUAUGUGUUAGUAAUUGUCGUAAUGGCGAUAUUUUCUGAGGUAGCCGUAGUAUUCCGCUAGCUAAUUCUUCAGCAGUGUGAAGUGCCCGUACCGUAGUGAAAGGCUAGAUGCACCUCAAUGUGAUACCGAACAAUGGCGCUGCGUAGGAGUAGGCGCCCGUCGAUGCGGGCUAAUAGAUUAUAUAGCACUCGUGUAAAACUUCAGUGAAUAUGUUUAAUGUUUGUACAAAUUUCCAUAUUUUAUAUUGUUUAAUUAUUUGUUGUUUAAAUUAAGUUGUUAAAAAAGUAUCGCGUUCCCGCGCAUAUGUAAAAUAUGUUUAAGAUGAGUUAUAUUUGCAAAAAUCAGAAGUAUUUAAUAUUGGUUACUUUAUAUUUGUAUUAAUUAUUCGAGAUUAAAAUACAAAACGUAACCUUUAUAUGAAUCCGUGUCUGUCUCAAUAUUUUUUCUUAACUCUUUAGUACUCGGACAUUGCGAUAUAAAAAAAUGUGAUUACGAAAAGUAGUUAUCUCGGUAGGUAUAUAGGUGUUUUUAAGUUUGUUUAUGACAGAAGAUUGGUUGCUGUUUUAUCUACUAAAUUGUUAAGAAAAAUGGUACAUGCGCGUAGCACCCGUUCAAGACCGACAAAAUACUAGAAUAUUAUUAGUACAAUGAAUAAAUGCGUUUAUCAUUGUUUCGCUAUAUUACUCUUCAGCUUUUUUUUGAUGAAUCGUGUAGAUUUAACGUCGAACAAAAAUUAUAUAAAGAUUGUAUUAAGCUAAGUAUAGUCAGUGUAAUAUCCGCAUGAGUUGUCAAACCGACGACAAACGAUGAUAGGUAUGAAUGACGUUCAUACCUAUUUCAAAUAAAAUUAAUGGAAAAAAUUGCGUAUAUAUACUUUACGUAUUAAAUGUCAAGAAACAAACACUCGUAUGUUGCAGAUUACGAGCAUCUAUUUGUCUGUUUCAUAUAUUAAUAUUUCGACAUGAAGAUAGGGAUAUAACUGUUAACAUUGCUUCUUCAUAAUUUAAUGCCAAAUUUAAUAAAAAGAUCUUAUAGCGUGUUUACAUUAGGUCGACUGUCGUAGCAGGCAUCGGCCCAGUAUAAAUAUGGUCUUACACCUGCCGUUACAACACCGCGCGGAUUUGUAACCAGACUAACACAGCGCACCGGCAGGCGCUGGCAACUAAUAGGGUUAAAACGGCCAAUUGCCACACCAGAGGCUCCUGCGCCUUGGGCUUAGGCCCAGAGGCGCAGGCGAUAUUACGGGCUGAAUUGGUUUUGGACUCUGUACCUUGAUGCAUUUAUGGAAAUCUGGACAUCUCGAGGCUCCGACAGUCGCGAAUUUAACCCUUCGGUUCGGACGACCCAAAACUCGAGUGUUUUAUUCGAGUUUCGAAAUAAAUAUAAUUCUUAUUUGAACACUUCCCAGUUUUAUGGUGUUAUUAAUCGUUAAUAGUCUUUCCUGUUGUUUUGAAAUAAACCAGUCGGCUCUUCGUAAAGAGCUUCUAUAUUUUAACCCCAUUUGGUGCCGGCCAUCAGUGUUGUAUUUUAUAUAUAGGGUUUCACUAGUGAUAAUUCUCUAUAAUGGUUACUCUUUAACGAUUAAAGUUGUUACUGUCUUGACGUCGCCUUUAUUAAUGACUUCAAAUUGUCUACAUUCCAACUUCUGAUUGUCUAGGAGUUAAUCUUUCACGCACUUGUGCUUAUUCAUUCUUCCACACUGUAUUGUAUAGUUGAUAAAUUACGUUACGACAGUUAGUUCAUUUUUAACAAAUAAGUAUAGAGUACUUUAAAAUACAAAAUUCCAGACCCGUGCAUAGGAUUUGGUUAUGCUAGGGCCCGUUCGUGUGUCGUUUGAUUGCUUUUUGCGUAGAAUUCGGGCCCAGCCUAAACUCCUCGCUACGGGACUGGAUGGCUAACACUUUGGGCGUCGACCUUGGAACACGGAUGGCAUUGAUGCUCCGGUAAUACACCAAACGUGAUAUAAUGUUGUUAAUUUAAGCUCUGGUUCUAUAUCCUAUUCGAGUUAAGCUUAGAAAUAAAUAUAAAGAGUACAGCAAUAAUAAAAGUAUAAAAAAAUUGUAUAAGGCAGUGUUGACGGAUUAUAUCACGUAAAUCGUGUAAUUGCCCUUUACAGAAUUCGUGGUCACGAGAUAGAUACAGAGAGACAUAGUUUUCUCUGUCGAAUUACAAUGGUGUCAACGUGAAAGGCCAUAUUUGGCGCUCAAAAGGUUACUCGUUGGAAUCUGCGGUCGAUAUAUUUAAUCAAUCACUUGAGUACCGGUAUUAAAUUCGACUAGUCGUAUUAUAUGUAAUUGGACGUGUUUACAUUACCUUAAAUAUAUUUACCGAUGUUAAUUACUUGCUGGAACCAUCUAAAUCUAAAAAAUUAUCAGCUGUAUGAUCAAGGGCAAAACCAUAAAACGUCUAAAAAAAAUUCGCCUGGCAAGGAUUUAACGCCAAGCUAGAAGUGACGGCUAUGCAUCAUUAGGAUGAUAUGAUUUUACUCUUGGUUAUACAACUAGUACUAAAUUAAGUGCAACAAAUUAUAAGUACUAGUUUACUGAAAUACAUAUGCUUAAUCAGUCGUAUCGUAGUUGAGAUGUUUAACCAAAAAAAAUAGUUAAACUCAAAAGUAUAGAACUUAAUUCAUUUAACAUUAUAUAUAUGUUAAACAGAUUAAGUUGUACACUUACAAUCAUAGCAUUUUCUAGUAAGUAUACCUAUCAAUAUAAAAUACUAUUUUUUCGAAAUAGAUGAAACAUUCACAUUUUAAUAUAUACAUAUAACUAGACAACUUUAUAAUAGCAACAUACUUCAUUAUCAGUAUUAAAGUGUUGAAACGUUUAUUAAAUUAUUUAAUCGUCUAA